UCUCUGCAGGUAGAGCGGGAGAUAGCCAUUCUGAAACUCAUAGAGCAUCCCCACGUUUUAAAGCUGCAUGACGUCUAUGAAAAUAAGAAAUACCUGUACCUGGUGCUGGAGCACGUUUCUGGGGGGGAGUUGUUCGACUACCUGGUGAAAAAGGGCCGGCUAACGCCUAAAGAGGCCAGGAAGUUCUUCAGACAGAUCAUCUCAGCCCUGGACUUCUGCCACAGCCACUCCAUAUGCCACAGAGAUCUGAAGCCUGAGAACUUGUUGUUAGAUGAGAAGAACAACAUCAGAAUAGCAGACUUCGGCAUGGCGUCUCUGCAGGUCGGGGACAGUCUGCUGGAGACCAGCUGUGGGUCUCCGCACUACGCCUGCCCAGAGGUGAUCAGGGGGGAGAAGUAUGACGGGAGAAAAGCAGACGCGUGGAGCUGUGGAGUCAUCCUGUUUGCACUUUUAGUGGGCGCUCUGCCUUUCGACGACGACAACCUGAGGAACCUUCUGGAGAAGGUGAAGCUGGGUGUUUUCCACAUGCCUCACUUCAUCCCUCCAGACUGUCAGAACCUUCUGCGCGGUAUGAUUGAAGUGGACGCCGGCAAGAGGCUCACGUUAGAGCAGAUCCAGAAGCACACGUGGUACCUAGCUGGGAAGAACGAGCCGGAGCCAGAGCAGCCCGUCCCCAGGAAGGUGGCCAUCAGGACUCUGGCUGCAGCCGAGGAGAUCGACCCCGACGUCCUGGAGAGCAUGCACUCCCUGGGCUGCUUCAGAGACAAGGAGAAACUGACCAAAGACCUGCUGUCUGAGGAAGAAAACCAAGAGAAGAUGAUCUACUUCCUGCUGCUGGACCGCAAGGAGAGGUAUCCGAGCCAGGAGGACCAGAACCUGCCGCCACGCACCGAGAUCGACCCUCCGAGGAAGCGCGUGGACUCGCCGAUGCUGAGCCGUCACGGUAAGCGGAGACCGGAGAGGAAGUCCAUGGAGGUGCUGUGCGUCACGGAGGGAGGAUCCCCCGUACCCGUACGACGAGCCAUCGACAUGGCAACCCACGGUCAGAGCAAAUCUGUUUUCAGUAAAAGCUUGGAUAUCACAAACGCUAACUGCAGCAAGGAGGAAAGUUUUCAAAGUAUUCCUGUUUCUCUGUUGGCCAUGAUGACGUGA